CUGGCUUGUUUCAAUUUAUGCUGAGGAUGUGAUGAAGUUUUGAGUAUGAGGACUUGCCAAGUAUCAUUUCUAUUUUGUGCAAUUGGCAUUUGAGGAUGAGAAGUCUGUUUAUAAUUUACAUGACAUGGGAAUCCAUGCCGUCAUAGGGACCUUAAAGGGCAAAGAGGGUGUUCUGUGCUUACGUUUAGUGUCUCUUCAUGUUCCCUCUAAAGUGAUCGUCGGCGACGUCAUAAAGUUAACGUGUCGCUACGACCUCGAAGGGGACACCCUAUAUUCCAUCAAAUGGUACAGAGAUGACGUUGAAUUCUUCAGGUUUGUUCCCAGGGACAAACCACCUGGACAAUUCUUCCCACUCCAGGGAGUCACCGUAGAUCUGGUGAGGUCCGCCAAUGGUACGGUUUACAUGCAGGAUACCGAUGUGACAACGACAGGCACCUACAAAUGCGAAGUAUCUGCCGACGCACCCUCCUUCCAGACAGUGUCGGCGCAGCAGCGUCUCACCGUUAGAGAAUUCGCUCAGGAUUCAGCGGACAAGGGUCGAUUGAGGCGUAGCGUUUUGGUCGCAUCUGGAUUCCUCAUCGCCUUCCUGUGGUGACCGGUCAUCCCAUCCAUCCUCACACUGUGAUAGUCAUCCGUUCCUAACGCGCCGGAAGAGAGACACCGGAAGAAGUGGACAUGGACAACCGACCCUCUCUCACUCCCCUUCCGGGGAAUGUUUUCUUCCCACCCUCUCGAAAUCUGGCUGCGAAGGACGGACGGACGACCCCCCUGCAUCGAACGCUCAUCAUCGUCAUUCCUCACACGAUAUUUCAAUAGCAAACCAAUCCUUCGACCCCUCUGGAAACUCCAAGAAGAUUGAUCGAGGUUCAUACAAGUAAACAUCGCGAGGAAUUGAUGAAUACCAAAUGAUGUGGCCUCUAACAAUUAGAGGACCAUAGAUUAUGGAUCUGGAUGCUUAUCGACAAAAUCUUGCUUGGUUUCUUCAGAGGAUACUACACUUCGAAAUAUAAUAAUAUAUUACCACCAGUGGACACUGGACGUUGUAUGAUAUAAAAAAGCUAUUGUUAUUAUGUCGCCGAAUUGUAAGGAGAAUAUCGCCAAAAUAAUUGAUUUUUCUUUUAGAUGCUGUAUUGUACAGUUCAAGAAUUCAUGGUGUUUGUGUGUGUGCAUGAAAAAGUGAGAAAAUGGGAUUUGAUCUAAGAAAUAUUAUGAAUGAUAUCAUUUUGGAUGUAUAUUAAUAGUCUCGGUGAGAAAAGACUUGGGAUUCAGAAACUGGUCGCUUAUUAUAAACUAUUUUUAUUUUCUGUGCCAAUCUAACCACUUGUUUUUAUUAUUUUCCGAUAUUCUAUUUUGGCGGGGGAAAAUUAUUUAAAGAACGAAUUUCUAAAGAUUCUUCUAUGACCAAGCGACUUUCAUGUGCUUUAAUCUAUAAAUUUUUAUUUUUUGAUGUUAUUUUUUUUUCUUCUAUGCAAUUAUCGGUAUAACUGUCUAGAAUAAAGACAUUUAAUGAAUUCAUAGAAAAGGUAAAAUGAACUCAUUUAAAAUUUCGAUUAAUAUCUUUUAAGCCUUUUUAGUAAAAAGUUAUGCAUGUAAAUUGGCAAUCCAACAAUGGAUAAACUGCAAAUUACGGUGUAAUUCUAAAGCGUUGAUGACCGAAAUGGUUAAAUAAAUAAUUAUUCAUUUAAAGAUUAAAAAAAACCUCUUGGAACAGUAAAUGCCUUUUAAGUUUUUUUUUCAGUAUUAUUUAGUUCUGAUAGUUUAAGACAUACCAAGUUUUGUUCCUUUUCUUAAGGUAGGGGCUUACAAUUUUCAUUUUGCUUACGAUUUUAAAAUAACUUUUGCUUAAUCUAUUUUAGAAAAAAAAAUCCAUUUCAUUUCA